ACUCUCCCCUCCCUGCCCUCACUCUCUCGCUCGCCCUCAGCGCGGCCCCCGCCAUGACGGAGGCGGGUGCCGGUGCCGUUGCCGCCGCUGCCGUCGCAGGGGGGGAGUCGGGUUCCCAGAAAGUAGCUUGAUGAGUGUCCAAAGUAGCAGUGGAAGUUUGGAGGGGCCGCCAUCUUGGUCCCAGCUCUCCACGUCUCCAACCCCGGGCUCGGCGGCGGCAGCCAGGUCCCUGCUGAAUCACACGCCGCCAUCCGGGAGGCCCAGGGAAGGUGCAAUGGAUGAGCUUCAUAGUCUGGAUCCAAGAAGGCAAGAGUUAUUGGAAGCUAGAUUUACUGGAGUUGCAAGUGGGAGCACUGGGAGCACUGGCAGUUGCAGUGUUGGUGCUAAAGCCUCAACAAAUAAUGAAAGCUCUAAUCACAGUUUUGGAAGCUUAGGAUCUUUAAGUGACAAAGAAUCAGAGACACCAGAGAAGAAACAAUCGGAAUCAUCCAGGGGAAGAAAGCGAAAAGCAGAAAAUCAGAAUGAAAGUAGUCAGGGAAAAAGUAUUGGGGGUCGUGGACACAAAAUUAGCGACUAUUUUGAAUACCAAGGUGGGAAUGGUUCAAGUCCAGUAAGAGGCAUACCUCCUGCAAUCCGUUCUCCUCAAAAUUCACAUUCACAUUCCACUCCUUCCUCCUCUGUUCGACCGAACAGCCCUUCUCCUACUGCAUUAGCUUUUGGGGACCACCCUGUUGUACAACCAAAGCAGUUAUCUUUUAAAAUUACUCAGACUGAUCUCACAAUGCUCAAAUUAGCAGCAUUAGAAACUAAUAAAAACCAGGACCUGGAAAAGAAGGAAGGUCGUAUAGAUGAUUUGCUCAGGGCUAACUGUGAUCUCAGACGGCAAAUAGAUGAACAACAAAAAUUACUUGAAAAAUACAAAGAACGAUUAAAUAAGUGCAUAUCAAUGAGCAAGAAACUUCUUAUUGAAAAGAGUACGCAAGAAAAACUGUCAAGCAGAGAGAAGAGUAUGCAAGAUAGAUUACGCCUUGGGCACUUUACAACAGUUAGACAUGGCGCUUCAUUUACUGAGCAAUGGACGGAUGGUUUUGCAUUUCAGAAUCUUGUGAAGCAACAAGAAUGGGUGAAUCAGCAAAGAGAAGAUAUUGAGAGACAAAGGAAACUUCUAGCCAAACGCAAACCUCCCGCAGCUAAUAAUUCUCAGGCACCCUCUACCAAUUCUGAACCAAAACAAAGAAAAAACAAAGCAGUCAAUGGAGCAGAAAAUGAUCCCUUUGUUAGACCAAAUUUACCACAACUGUUGACUUUGGCAGAAUAUCAUGAACAGGAAGAAAUUUUCAAACUUAGACUAGGACAUCUCAAAAAGGAAGAGGCAGAAAUUCAGGCAGAACUUGAACGUUUGGAAAGAGUCAGAAAUCUUCACAUACGGGAGCUCAAAAGAAUAAACAAUGAAGAUAAUUCACAGUUCAAAGAUCACCCAACGUUAAAUGAAAGAUAUUUAUUACUUCAUCUCCUUGGUAGAGGUGGCUUUAGCGAAGUGUAUAAGGCUUUUGACCUUUAUGAACAAAGGUAUGCUGCUGUGAAGAUCCAUCAGCUUAAUAAAAGCUGGAGAGAUGAGAAAAAAGAAAAUUACCACAAACAUGCCUGCAGAGAGUAUAGAAUACACAAAGAACUGGAUCACCCCAGGAUAGUUAAACUCUAUGAUUAUUUCUCCUUGGAUACAGAUACGUUUUGUACAGUGUUAGAAUACUGUGAAGGCAAUGACUUGGAUUUCUAUCUGAAGCAACACAAAUUAAUGUCAGAGAAAGAAGCUAGGUCUAUUGUAAUGCAGAUUGUAAAUGCACUAAGAUAUCUCAAUGAGAUCAAACCCCCUAUUAUACAUUAUGAUCUUAAGCCAGGAAACAUCCUUCUGGUAGAUGGAACAGCAUGUGGAGAAAUCAAAAUCACUGAUUUUGGUCUGUCCAAGAUUAUGGAUGAUGAUAGCUAUGGUGUAGAUGGAAUGGAUCUAACUUCCCAAGGGGCAGGCACUUACUGGUAUUUACCUCCUGAGUGUUUUGUAGUUGGAAAAGAGCCACCAAAGAUUUCCAACAAGGUUGAUGUGUGGUCAGUUGGAGUCAUCUUCUUUCAGUGUCUUUAUGGUAGAAAGCCAUUUGGCCACAAUCAAUCUCAACAAGAUAUUCUUCAAGAAAAUACAAUAUUAAAAGCCACAGAAGUCCAGUUCCCUGUGAAACCAGUUGUAAGCAGUGAAGCCAAGGCCUUUAUAAGACGCUGUUUGGCAUACCGAAAAGAAGAUCGAUUUGAUGUGCACCAACUGGCAAAUGAUCCGUACCUUCUCCCACACAUGAGAAGAUCGAAUUCUUCAGGAAACUUACACAUGACUGGUCUAACAGCAUCCCCUACACCCCCUUCUUCAAGCAUAAUUACUUACUGACUUUCCUCCAAGAUUGGCAUGAUAUCUUUGAAUUGCUUCCAGAUGCACACCUGAGUUAGAGAGCAUUUGAGUGUUUUUUUUUUUUUUUUUUU